CGUUGCACUGCACACACAACACUUUCAAUAUAUUUCGGGUUGUGAAUUAUUAGCAAUUUAAAGUUAGUUUGUUGUGAUUGUAACACACGCCGAGUUUAGAGCUGAUUGAUAAAGUUAAAAUCAUUUCAAUGAUAUGAAAUGGUAAAUCAACAGUUGACAUAAUUUGUGCGAAACAAAUUCGAUGCUCAUCAAGUUGAAUAAAACGUAAUAAACUGACAAUUAAACAGUUAUUUUGCGAGCUCAUAGUGUGCAAAUCGCUGGUCCUGUUUUCGUGGAAGCUGUAAACACAUUCAAUUCUAAGAUCAAAUUGUGAAUUAAACGCCAUUUAAAGCAAAAACAUUUUCAAACAAAGAGCAUUGGCGCGGGGCUGCCAAGCUAUGUGAAAAGUUUGUGGCAACUCUCUUUGGAAAUACCAAAUAAAAAACAACAAAAAAUAUACCAAGAAUUCAUAAAAUACAAUUAACGCAUGAUAACAGCAAACAUUUUUAGACUUUAACAACCAAAUAACGUAAUAAACUUUAACGUAUUCGAAUUUUCCUUAAUUACAAAAGUUACUGUGUCAAGUCAAGGUUGUAUAACUUAACAGUGAGAUAAAGUGAAAUUAGUGAGAAGAAAGAAAAUAUACCAAGUGCUGGGCAACACUCGUGAAUUGUGUGGGAUCAAAAAUGCCAAAACUUGUGCGGCAACGUAUAAAUUGAACUGCAACCAAUUUUAUUGCACGACAAACAGCUAAACGGGAAAGAAACAAACCGACGCCACAUUUAAACUGCUGUCUUCAACUGCCGAGAAGCAGAGGCUAAUUAACCAACAACAUGUUGCCCGCCAACAACGCAGGCGUUGCAAGUCAAGCACAAAUCAAGAGGGAUUUGUCCAUCACCAUGAAACCGGGAAAUUCUACAACAACUACAACAACAAUGGCAGGACAAGAGGAGCAACAACAACAACAACGUUAUUUGCCCAUUGCCAGCAUGCCCAGCAAACCUUGCAACAUAACAAUUAGCAGUUACAAUCAUGCAUCAAAUAACAACAAUCAUAAUAUUAAUAAUAGUAACUUGAACAAAGGCAAACUGCUGCAGAAGCAGUUGAAUGCCACACCAGUUAUUCAACUGAUGGCAACUUCAACGUCGCCAUCGAUAUCGACAUCGGCAGCGGCAGCAACAACAAAUGGCAACAAAUCCAUUGCUGCAAAUUCGCUGCUCUCCAUUUUAACACUCAAAGCGACAGCCAUAAAUAAUAACAAUAACAGCUGCAGCAAUAAUUCCAAUAUUAAUCCUAAUACUCAACAACAGCAGUCGUCAGUGCUGCGACCUGCUCCUGGACAGCAACAACAAAAUGGUGGCAAAGGAGUCGCAGCAACAGCAGCCGCGGCAGCAACUUCGCUGACACUCUUGACGACGUCGACCCACAAAUCAGCAGCUGCCACGCCGCAAAUUUCGUUGAUAUCAUCGAAUCCACUGAAGUCGCAUCCUCCCGUCAUACUCAGCAAGGCAGCCGUGGAGAAGAUACGUUUCAAAUUCGGCCAGGUCCAAGCGCAGGCCAACUCGGGAGCUCUUAUUCUCAAUAAGCCGCUGAAGAGCAACAACAACAGUAAUACGAUUAACAAUAACAACAGCAAUUCAAGUGCCAAGCCGACAACGGAGAGCGUGCAGACAACGCCCAAGCCCACAGUCGCAUCCGCAACUAUUGCGAUGCCCACGCCCAUGCCCUUGCCGCUGGCCACGCCCAUGCCGACGCCCUUGUCUACGUCCAUGCCACUGAAUCCUACAGCGAGUGCUGUGCUGCCAGAGUUAAAGAUUAGCACGCUGCCAGCCACGGUUAAUUUCAAUGGUGCCAAAUUUCUAAAGAUGCAAGGUGACACUUUGGCCGUGGUGAUGCCACCAUUGGUGGCCGCUACUAACUCAAGUGUAACUGUAACAAGCAGCAACAGCAACACCAGCGGCUGUCAAACAGCAGUUUCGCCCAAUAAGCUGCAGCGUUCCAAGUCCUUGGCAGGCAACAUGGUUGCAGCUGUCCAGGCGGCAAACACGCAAAGCAAUGCCACCGAACGUCGUCACUCGGUGGCCAUUAUGUCCAAGGAAGUGGACGUGGUGGAGCAACCAAUUGCCAUAGAAACCAUCACCAUAGACGACGAUGAUGAUGAGGAAGAGGAACAAAAACUGCCGCAACAGCAGCAGCAACAGGAGCAACAGCAGCAGCAACAACUCUUGUUGACCACGCCAUCGACACAAACGUCCAGAAAGAGUUCGACAGCAAGUCGCAGCAGCAUUGCCAGCAUUGCGAGCAGCCACACGACGGGCAGCACCAGCAGCUUGGAGAUGAUCAUACUUCCGCCAGCAACGGCAACACCAGCUGCUAAGGCAGAGCAACCAGAGAAACGUCCACAGGAACAACAGCUAGCCAAGAUUAGCAUAGUGAAAGCAGAAACGUUGCCUGUAUCCAAAGAAGACUUUGAGAAAUCGCUGCACUGCCCCGAACAAGUUGAACAGAACUCGCCACCUUGUGCAGUCAAAAAAUCAACAGCACCAUCAUCAACAUCAACAAUAGGUUCAUCAUCGUCAUCAUCAUCAUCGACGACAACAACUGGGAGUAUCACACUAACGCCCAUCAACCGGCUGCUUAAUCAGGAGCAGCCGCAAGCAGAUGAUGUUCCAUUCGAUAAAAAGAGCGAUUGUAAACGUAACAUGCAGCUUACCUUUGGCAUGCUGACAUGGCAGGAUCAGCAGCCGAGCACGCUCGAUAGUUCCACAAUGCGUUUCACGCUCAAUCGCUAUAAUUUGCUGCAGGUGGCGGAGCGUUGUAAGCCACGCCAGCCACCAUACAACUACUUUGAUCGUGCGCUCUUCGAUCGCACCACCAAGCGUCCAACAACCAGUUCGCAUCCUUUAUUGUAUUUGUGUUCGCGCUGCAAUUGUCAUGGUCCUGCCUCCGAUUUCCUGGCUCCACGUUUCUGUUCCAUUUGCUGUGUGAAACGCGCAUUCAAGCGUCGCCUGCCCAGUGCGCCAGGCAAUGGUAGCGAAAGCAAGGCAGCGAAACUAAGCAAUGGUCAUGCUCCACAACAACAACAACAACAACAGCAGCAGCAGCAACACAACCAACAGCAACUCAAGCAGCAGCAACAACAGCAACGCGAUCGUGAACGUGAACGCGAUCGCAAGCGUGAGCGCAAAACGAUGCCAGCUAAGCGUCCCUUCCGCUGGACCGAGUAUCUUAAAGCAAAGGGUACUGGACCUGCAGCGCCUAUACAUCUGUUUCUCAAUCCGUUUCCCAUCACACCCAAUUGCUUUGAACGCGGCAUGAAACUGGAGGCCAUUGAUCCCGAGAACUGUUCGCUGUUCUGCGUCUGCACCAUUGUUGAGGUGCGUGGCUAUCGCUUGAAGCUCAAUUUCGAUGGAUAUGCGAGCAUGUACGACUUUUGGGUAAAUGCCGAUUCGAUGGACAUCUUUCCACCUGGUUGGUGCGAACGAACUUCGCAUAUUUUGCAAGCGCCCAAAGGCUAUUGCCCUGAUCGUUUUACCUGGUAUCGCUAUCUGGUGAAAACCAAUGCCAAGGCAGCGCCCAAAGCGCUCUUCACACAUCUCAAUGGCCCCACGCAGACACGCAUCAAUGGCUUCCAAGUGGGCAUGCAUCUGGAGGCUGAGGAUCUCAAUGAUACGGGCAAGAUUUGUGUGGCCACCGUGGCGGAUAUAUUGGACGAACGCAUACGCGUUCACUUCGAUGGCUGGGAUGAUUGCUACGAUUUCUGGGUGCACGUCAAUUCACCGUACAUACAUCCAUGCAGUUGGCACGAGGGACGCCAACAGCUGAUUGUGCCACCAGACUAUCAGAAUAUAGUCUUCAACUGGGCCGAUUACAUUGCCGAAGUGGGCGGCGUGGCAGCGCCUGUGGAGCUGUUCUCGCCACGCGAUCCCAUGGAGUUUCAGCCGCGCAUGAAACUCGAGGUGGUCGAUCAACGCAAUCCCAGCCUCAUACGUCCGGCGACGGUCAUCACCCGCAAGGGUUACCGCGUCCAAUUGCAUCUGGAUUGCUGGCCCACGGAGUAUUACUUUUGGCUGGAGGACGAUAGUCCCGAUUUGCAUCCCAUUGGCUGGUGUGAGACCACCUCGCAUGAGCUGGAAACGCCGCCGGGCUUCCUUCAACGCCCCUCGGCCAUGCCCUGCGAUGUCGACGGCUGCCGUGGCUUUGGCAAUGCCAAACGCUUCAAUCUCAAUGUGCACGCGUUCCGUGAUUGCUGUCCGUAUGCGCCAGAGAAUUGGCGUCAGUGGCGCGCAAAGACCGUGAAGCCUCCUCGCGUGCUGCCCGAGCACAUCAAACAGGCCAACUCAACAAACAAACCGAAAGAGUCAUCACCGUUGCUGCUGUCCCGUCUGAGCACAAACACAAAGCCCAUUGCCGCCGAGAAGAUAAAAACGAAGCAGGAGAAAUCACAGCUUAGGCACAGUGUGGAUUCGGUUGAGUUUAAACCUAAGAUGAAGAGUGAGGAUCAGAAGCCGGUGAUGAAGAAGGAGCCACUUACGGUCAAGCGUGAAACGGCCCCAGCGACUUCACUCACUCUGUCCAUUGCCAAACCAAUUGUGGCCGAUUACGGGCCACAAAUGCAACGCAACUAUCAGCUUUGGCAGAAGAACAGCGAGUUUGAUAUGGCGCAAGUGAAGACCAACCCAUUGUACUGGACCACCUGGGAUGUGUAUGAGUUUGUGGAGCGUGCGCUAAAGUCCGCCAGCAUUGCCCAGCAGCUGUUCGAUGAGGAGAUCGAUGGUCGAGCGUUGCUGAUGAUGGGACGCAACGAUUUGGCCACAUACUUCAAACUGAAGGUGGGCCCAACUGUGAAGCUCUUCUCGCUGAUUGUCAAUCUGCGCAUUGCGGUCGCCUGCAAAUUCAAGACCAUGCGCUGCGGUCUCAAUAUUCAACGUGCCAGAUUCCCACUGCCAAACAACAAAGCCACAAAGCCGGAGCUAGACAAUCAUUCGGCAUCUUCGCCUAACAGUAUGAAACAGGACGAAGAGGAAGAGUUAACCGACGAGGACGAUGUCAUACUGGAUGCCGAUGACUUUCUCAACGUUAAACCGCGACACAGCAUGAACAUAACUCACACACGAGAUGGGGAUGUCACGAUGCUCCCGUCGAGAGUGGCUAGCAUAUCGUAGAAUGCAUGAUGCAGCAUGUUUAUAUAUUAGGUUUACAGUUGUCCUCCAAUUUGAUUAGUUGACUUAUCCCAAAACACAAAAACACACAUUGUUAUCUUCUUUCAACUGAUAUUGAACUACAAACAAUAUCUCAUCUAUUAUUUAUAGUACUACAUUAUUGAUUUAAGCAAAUUCGAUUUAGUGUUACCAACUAUAUCUUUAUUAUGUCUCUACAUGCGUUCUGCGUUUGAGUUCACUCAAUAA